AAAUGGUGUCCCCCAUAUCAUCUUUAUCUGGCCACACAACUAGGUUUUAAUGUUAAGAAAUCCCUCGCAGUCUGAUAUCAAAGCGCCCUCUGAGAAAUUGGGGGAGCGUUCGUCGUGCUGUUUAACAGCAUUCAGCGGUGAGUUUAACAACGCUCUACUGCAGGUAGAAUAGCCUCCAGAUGUGAGUUUAACCAAAACAACGAUCAACUGCAGGUAAAACACUAUUCAGCGGUGAGUUUAACAACGCUCUACUGCAGGUAGAAUAGCCUCCAGAUGUGAGUUUAACCAAAACAACGAUCAACUGCAGGUAAAACACUAUUCAGCGGUGAGUUUAACAACGCUCUACUGCAGGUAGAACAGCAUCCAGAUGUGAGUUUAACCAAAACAACGAUCAACUGCAGGUAAAACACUAUUCAGCGGUGAGUUUAACAACGCUCUACUGCAGGUAGAACAGCAUCCAGAUGUGAGUUUAACCAAAACAACGAUCAACUGCAGGUAAAACACUAUUCAGAGAUGAGUUUAACAACGCUCUACUGCAGGUAGAAUAGCCUCCAGAUGUGAGUUUAACCAAAACAACGAUCAACUGCAGGUAAAACACUAUUCAGCGGUGAGUUUAACAACGCUCUGCGGUGCGUGCAGUAAGCAGUUUAAGCGUUUUCUGCCAGGUCACAGGGUAAGUGACUAAUUAUAGGUGAUGCAUGCUGGAUAAUGUUUAUUUUUAUUUUUAUAGGAGUCUGGUAUUGAUAAAUAAAUGCACAUAUGCUUGUGUUCGAUUAAUCAAUGUCUUGUUUAUUUAUUUAUUUAUUAAAUAUCCUCUAAAUUAAUAACUCUGACGUCAUUGUAUGGCGCGAUCGUGAUCCCGAGGUUCAUUGCGUUUUUCCCUUUCCACUCGGUAAGUAGAAAUUAAUUAAUAGAGAUCGAGACUAUUCUUAAAUUUACACAAUAAAACUGUAGAAUCAGGACAAGUUGUGUUUAGAACUUUAAGACGUGUAAGGCAGCAAUUUAUUAGGACGGUUAAUGAUAGAAAAUUAAAUAUAUAUAUAUUUAAAUUACUUGCUGCACCACAUGUGCAGUAGGCUAGCAAAGUUAGCUAAUUAAAUUCAAAGUUAAUUUUUUUUCGCAUAUAAUCAUGAAGGUGCAAUCAUGGGGAAUACAAGAUUUUCAGUACUGAUUUGUUUCCAGUUACCUAUUUUAUAUAGCUCAAACUAUUAAGCCAUUUUAGCUAACAUUAUAAAUGGUCAGGCCAGUAAUUGUUUAAAAUCCACGGAUAAUUUGAUAAUAAAUGCCUAAAUAUUAUCUAUAAUAAUCAGUAGAAACAAAUUCAUAACAACAACAGUUUUGUGUCUCAGCACAAUUUCUCACUAUAAAAUAAAUAAUUUAAAUGUUCGUUCAGAGGUUAUAUAGGAGGCUAUGUUGAACAUUGCAAUUUUUCUAUUUCUUUCUUUUGUAUUAAAAUAACAAAAUUCCACCUUCCCAAGCUCAUUUAUUCACACAUGGUGCAACCCAAAAUCAACCAAAUGGGUGGAAAAACUCUUAAAUCUGGUAACAUUAAUGAAGAAUACUGGUGUAAAGUGUAAGGCAUAGGUGUCAAACUCAAUUCCCGGAGGGUCGCAGCCCUGUAGAGUUUAGUUCCAACCCUAAUUAAAUGCACCUUACUCAGCUAAUCGAGUCCUUAAGGUUUAUUUGAAAGUUAAAGGUAUGUUUCCUGGAGCAGGGCUGAGCCCCUUCAGGAACUGAGUUUGACACCUCUGGUGUAAGGUGUUCAAUUAUUAAUAUAUUUUUUUUCUCUCUCAUCAGGUCUUUCAAAUUUGCCUGCUCUUUAUUCCAAACCUCGACCACACAUACAGACAAACACACUCACUCACUCACUCACUCACACACAAUAAAGGCACUUUUAAGAGCCACGUCCGUCCUGUUUACCUGUCUGUUCUGUAGUUUACUUGUCACUCUCUUUUUAGCUCUCUCUAUAUCUUUAUCUCUAUUUUCAUCUUUAUUUGUUUUAUUUGACCAUCCUUCCAGUUCUCUUAAUAGUUCCUAAAAAUCCUCUUUAUCGUAACAGUUUGUCCAUCUGUUGUUUGUUUUUGUGUAUAUUUCUUGUCUAGUCAUGACAAGGCCCAAAUUCAGGCCCUGCCCUUCUUGCCAGACUCCCAAUCAGGCAAGCAGGAAAACUUGUCAUGUCUGCUUUGGAAGCCUGUCCACCAAAAACUAAAUAAAAGAAAAAGUGGCAUCACUGGAUAGCCAGUGGGGGAAAUCUGUCCUUAAAAGCAGAAAUGCUGGGCGUAUAAUUGAUUCUGCCCGUAUUGCAGUAAGUUAAAAAGUUCAUAUUUCAUACAUUAUUGUGAAGUGAAACCGAAAGGCCAUGUUUUUGACAUACUAAAUAUCAUACUAAUAUGAUCUGGCCUUUACAAACAUAUUUACAUACAUCUUAUUUCAUACAUGGAAGAAGCCAUCUUUACUUAUACAUUUUGUUAAAGAGUUACUAAAUUGUAUUCUGUGUCAAGUAUUAAGUAAGUCAUGAUGGCAAUGGCAGAAACUAGCAGUACCUCUGUCCUUACCUUAUAUUGAUGAUCGAUUGUAUACAGUUCAAGAGUAAUGUGUCUUCUAAAAUAAUCUUAAUGAAACGGGUUAUGGCUUAUUUUCUUGCAUUGUUUUUCAUUAAAUGAAAUUUAUUUAACAGUACUGAUGUUUCUAAUACAUCAGUGGGUGUACUGUAACUAAUUAAUGUGUGUAAUAACUAAUGAAGUUUAAUAACUGCUUUUGUUCAUUUCAGGUGCUGAAACUUGAGGCUGUCGGAUACAAGCCAAUUUUAUUUAUUGGGAAACAGGACAAAAGGGCUUCAAAUAAGUGGGUGGCAGAUAUUAUCACGCAUCUGCACCCCACUCCUGUCACCAAAGUGUUUUUGGAGAAGAUGCGGAGGGCUUAUGAGUUUAUCUUAACAAAAGCAACCUCCACAGCCCAGCAGCCGGAGAGCGUCCCCGCGGAGCGGCCGGAGAGCGUCGCCGCGGAGCGGCCGGAGAGCCUCACCAAGCAGCCUGAAACUGUAUUUCUUCUCAAUCUUGUUCCUGUGCCUUGCUCGCUCUCUCCAACCUCUCUCUGUCCUCCUUCCUCUGCUACUUCUACAACUGUUCUUCCCUCACUUUCUUCCCCUCUUCCACCUCCACUGCGGCAGAGGAAAAGAAGGUUAAACACUUUUACCGCGUCAAACUCUACCACCCCUGUCUCUCCUCCAUAUCCAUCUGCCUCUUCCAUUUCCAAGCCUUUGAGUCAGGAGGUGCCACUGGUAAAGAACAGAAGAAAAGGUUGUCAAAAAUGUAGUAGGCAGAAGGUUUUCCUUUUUGAUAAAAUAACUGGGAAACAAAUAAAUGAGGGGAAAGCUGAAUUGAAAGUUCACUGGUUGCCUUGCACUGUGUGUGGCAAAACCUGGGAUGACACAUGGGAGCCUGCGAGUGAAUUCCAACACAUUGUGCCAAAGUCCCCACAUCCCAACCAGCUUUCAGCAUGACAACAUAGUCACCAUAGACACCUGGACUCAUCAAGCACCCUUCAAUGCAGUUCAUUUUUGAGUGUUUUUUCUUGCUGUUUGUUCUUCAGUAAAGUUUUUGCACAGUACCCAGUCUCUUUUAGUGUUUAGUCUCUUACAGUUGUCUUUUUAAAAAACUUUUUGCAUUGGUCUUGAACUGCUUAACAGUGUACCUUGCGAGAUCUUAAGUUUCUUGUCCAUGAGCAUAAGCUCAUAAAUACCAAAUAAUACUCCAAAAGCUACUAAAUUGUCACUCAAGUUUUGUAGUCAUGUUUGAAGUGUUUGAUUACAAUAAUAGAUAUGAAUUACUUUAUUAUUUAUAGUCAUAAUUGUAAUUGCCAAUUUAUUAUAAGU